AUGUCGUCUCCCGACCCCACCCCGCCUCGACUCCCAGCGUCCCUCGGCACCCUCCCCGCCGACCUCUUGCUCAUCAUUGCCGACGACCUCGUAACCCGCGACGUCGGCGCCCUCCGGCAGACCUGCAAACACGUCAAUGACGCGCUGGUUGACGACUUCACAAAGGACAACUUCACCGAUCUCCUCAUUCUCUGCACGACGGCCGGCAUAGCCGCACUCAAGGGUAUCUGCGCUUCGCGACUGGCGUCCACGGUCCGCACGCUCUCGCUGAGCAUAUUCGUCAUCGCGGGCGACGACGAGCAGCUGGCGCUGGUCGGCCAGACCCGCGUAGAAACCUCACGCCACGAGUCGGACCAGUCUGGGCGGGAACUGCGGUGCCCGUGCUUAGGUGACGAUACGCCCCUCGCCCUCGCGCUCGGAGACGUGAUCGCCGCGCUGCCCCACCUCGAGACGGUGAGCCUCGGUCACCAGCUCGACCUUCCCCGCGAGGCAGAUCGCGUCGCGGCUGCUCUCAUUGAGGAUGAUUACGCGUGGACGACGCAGCCCACCGUCCAGCCCACCGGCUCGCUCGCGCUGCGACGACAGGAGCCGGAAUGGCUGAAACGUAAGGUCGCCGGCUACGAUAAGACAAUCACCGACUCGCUGUUCCGCGCGGCCCUGUUCGGCUUGGGCCGUGCGCACCCGCGUCGUCUGGCCGCGGGAUAUCCGCCAGUGCUUGGCCUCACGGUUGAAACGCGGCGAAGCGAGCGAAUCGUCGUGGACGACGGCGCUUUCGCCCUGACCCCCGAUCAGCGUGCCCUCGUUGCGCCGGCUCUCGGUGCACUGGAGACACUGUACCUCGAGCUUGGCGUGUGGGACACCAUCGGCUACCGGGACGAGAUCAUCAACUUGCCCUCUUUUGUCGCGCUGUGUGGCAACGUCCGGCAUCUCCGCCUCCACGGACCGGAGUACAAGGGCAUGCUUGACGCGCUCAACUGGCUCGUACCCAACCGCAAACUCGGCGAGCAGCGAAAGCGGGUGAAGGCGGCAGCAAGGGCGUUCGGUCGGGUACGUGCCGCAGCGAACAAGACACCGGCAGUGGAUAGCAGUGCGCCCGCACCACUAGCUCAGCUCGAGUCACUCGACAUCCAGGGGUUCCCAGCUCUCACAGCCUCGGACGUCUUCGAACUCGUCGUCCAGCACCCGAACCUCCGCCGCCUCCAUCUCUACUCCGUUACGCUCAUGGCUCCGGGCGAUAUCCAUUGCGAGCUCACUUCCGAGUUUGUGCCCAAGCUGUGGCAUGGCCUUUUUACGGCCCUGUCGGCACAAUUCAAGUCGAACGGCAGCGCGCCAACGACUCUGCUUGUCAGCGCCAUGUCUCAGCUACACGAUGACUCCCGCUGCUACAUCACCAUCAAGGACUGGGAACAUUACGACGCCAAAGGCGGCUGGUGUAUCUUCUCCGCGGGUGCGAAGACGGCCGAGUGGUGGGAGCACCCCGACGGCGAGCUGGAGGGUGUGAUUCCAGUCGAGGGCGACGAUGUGUUCCUCCAAGCGGCAGCCUGCCUCACUCAGCCUUUCGAGGAGUCGGAACCCGAGGAAGACGCUCCAGACUAUAGAUACGGCACCCUGUUUGGCAGGAUCCCGCAGUAA